AUGCAGAUUUUUGGCGACUAUCACCCACCUACCGAUGCGACCUCGUCUAUGAAUGGUUUUAUCACCGAGCAAGGCCGAAUCUACCACUUGAACACCCAGCCAGAGGAGACUGAAGUGAUAAAUUACUACAAGCCAGACCUCGUUCCCGUCACCAGUGCUAUGGUGGAGAAUUUUGCACUGUUCGACCGCUGGUUCGCCUCGGUACCCGGAGCAUCGAAUCCAAAUCGUGCAUACUUGACUUCUGGCACCUCUUACGGAAAGGGCCAUGAUAAAGGGGCUUUCUAUCACUCAAGCCUACCUCAAAAUUCAAUCUUCCAGCAACUAUCAGAGAAGAAUAUCACAUGGAUCAACUACGAAAAUACCACAAACCUAGGAAAAUCAAGCUUCCCGCCGGACUCACUUUUUUACGAAUGGACUACGAGGUCGGGAAAUAGCAAGACCAACGUUCUUCCUAUUGAUCGCUUCUACCAAGAUGCUAAAGCUGGCACGCUACCACAAUUCACGUGGCUCAACCCGGAGUGUUGUCGUUAUAUGUCUAUGCAUCCAAAGUCCCCAAUCAAUAUGGGUGAGAAUUUUAUGAAGGGUAUCUACGACACACUCCGGAGCUCGCCGCAAUGGAACCAAACUCUCUUAAUCAUCACCUGGGAUGAACACGGAGGAUUUGGCGACCAUGUACCCCCUCCCACCGGUGUUCCGGCCGGCGACCAAUUGACUUAUACUGAGAAGGCCCCUGAUGGGAAGAAAUAUACGUUCCAUUUUGAUCGCCUUGGCGUUCGUGUCCCCACCAUAUUGAUAUCACCCUGGGUGGAAAAGGGCUUAGUUCAAAACAGGCCCAAGUCGGGCAAUAAUGAUUUUACCCACACCUCCAUCCUCAAGUUCGUGUCUGAGCUCUGGGGCCUUGACAGCCUGAGCCCGCGGGUGGAGUGGUCACCUUCAUUUGGUGAUCUAAUCACCAACCAAUUACGAAACGACACGCCAAAGGAGAUGCCCAAUGCGGCUGGUUAUUGA